GAGAGAGAGAGAGAGAGAGAGAGAGAGAGAGAGAGAGGAGAGGAGGAGAGAGAGAGGAGGAGAGAGAGAGGGGAGAGGAGAGACAGAAAAAUCAAUUGGUUUAGAAGGUUUGGACUCACUUGACAGAUUCAGUUGGAGACGAUCCUAGGUGGCCGCGGUGACAAAGGGAAAUUGUGCUUUUCCAGCAUGCUUACUGACCCUGAUUUACCCCAGGAGUUUGAAAGGAUGUCUUCCAAGCGACCAGCCUCUCCGUAUGGGGAAGCAGAUGGAGAGGUAACCAUGGUGACAAGCAGACAGAAAGUGGAGGAAGAGGAGAGUGGCGGGCUUCCGGCCUUUCACCUUCCCUUGCAUGUGAGUUUUCCCAACAAGCCUCACUCUGAGGAAUUUCAGCCAGUUUCUCUGCUGACGCAAGAGACUUGUGGCCGUAGCACUCCCACUUCUCGGCACAGUACAAUGGAAGUUGAUGGCAAUAAAGUUAUGUCUUCAUUUGCCCCACACAACUCAUCUACCUCACCUCAGAAGGCGGAAGAAGGUGGGCGGCAGAGCGGCGAGUCCUUGUCCAGCGCGACCCUGGGCACCCCUGAGCGGCGCAAAGGCAGUUUAGCGGACGUGGUGGACACCUUGAAGCAGAGGAAGAUGGAAGAGCUCAUCAAGAAUGAGCCAGAAGAAACCCCCAGUAUUGAAAAGCUACUAUCAAAGGACUGGAAAGACAAGCUUCUUGCAAUGGGAUCAGGGAACUUUGGUGAAAUAAAAGGGACUCCCGAGAGCCUCGCUGAGAAGGAGAGGCAGCUGAUGGGCAUGAUCAACCAGUUGACCAGUCUCCGGGAGCAGCUGCUGGCCGCCCACGACGAGCAGAAGAAGCUGGCCGCGUCUCAGAUAGAGAAACAGCGUCAGCAGAUGGAACUGGCCAAGCAGCAGCAAGAGCAGAUCGCGAGACAACAGCAGCAGCUUCUGCAGCAGCAACACAAAAUCAACUUGCUCCAGCAGCAGAUCCAGCAGGUUCAAGGUCAACUGCCGCCAUUAAUGAUCCCCGUAUUCCCUCCUGACCAGCGGACACUGGCCGCAGCUGCUCAGCAAGGCUUCCUCCUCCCUCCCGGCUUCAGUUACAAGGCUGGAUGUAGUGACCCUUACCCUGUUCAGCUGAUCCCAACUACCAUGGCAGCCGCCGCUGCCGCCGCACCAGGCCUCGGCCCUCUCCAGCUGCAGCAGUUAUAUGCUGCCCAGCUCGCAGCCAUGCAGGUGUCUCCGGGAGGAAAGUUGCCGGGUCUCCCGCAGGGCAACCUUGGCGCUGCAGUGUCUCCUACCAGCAUGCACACCGACAAGAGCACAAACAGCCCGCCGCCCAAAAGCAAGGAUGAAGUGGCGCAGCCACUGAACCUCUCAGCUAAACCCAAGACCUCUGAUGGCAAAUCGCCCACCUCACCCACCUCUCCCCAUAUGCCAGCUCUGAGAAUAAACAGUGGGGCGGGCCCCCUCAAAGCCUCUGUCCCAGCAGCGUUAGCUAGUCCUUCCGCCAGAGUUAGCACAAUAGGUUAUUUAAAUGACCAUGAUGCUGUCACCAAGGCAAUCCAAGAAGCUCGACAAAUGAAAGAGCAACUCCGACGGGAACAACAGGUGCUGGAUGGGAAGGUGGCCGUAGUGAAUAGUCUUGGGCUCAAUAACUGUCGGACAGAAAAGGAAAAAACAACACUGGAGAGUCUGACUCAGCAACUGGCGAUUAAACAGAACGAAGAAGGAAAAUUUAGCCAUGCCAUGAUGGAUUUCAAUAUGAGUGGCGAUUCAGAUGGAAGUGCUGGAGUUUCAGAAUCAAGGAUUUACAGAGAAUCCAGGGGGCGCGGUAGCAAUGAACCCCACAUAAAGCGUCCAAUGAACGCCUUCAUGGUAUGGGCUAAGGAUGAACGGAGGAAAAUUCUUCAGGCUUUUCCUGACAUGCACAACUCCAACAUCAGCAAGAUACUGGGAUCUCGCUGGAAAGCUAUGACCAACCUAGAGAAACAGCCAUACUACGAGGAGCAAGCCCGUCUCAGCAAGCAGCACCUGGAGAAGUACCCUGACUACAAAUACAAACCCCGGCCAAAGCGCACCUGCCUCGUGGACGGCAAGAAGCUUCGCAUCGGGGAAUACAAGGCCAUCAUGCGGAACCGGCGGCAGGAAAUGCGGCAAUACUUCAACGUCGGGCAACAAGCACAGAUCCCCAUUGCCACCGCGGGUGUCGUGUACCCAGGAGCCAUCGCCAUGGCCGGAAUGCCCUCCCCCCACCUCCCCUCCGAGCACUCGAGCGUCUCGAGCAGCCCAGAGCCCGGGAUGCCAGUGAUUCAGAGCACUUACGGCGUGAAAGGAGAGGAGCCCCAUAUCAAAGAGGAAAUACAGGCGGAGGACAUCAACGGCGAGAUUUAUGAUGAGUACGAUGAAGAGGAGGAUGACCCAGAUGUUGAUUAUGGGAGUGACAGUGAAAACCAUAUUGCAGGACAAGCCAACUGAUAAGGGUCAAAAGAUGGUCAUGACCUUAGGACUUCAAGAAGCCCUAGCUGGUUCAUCCUUACCAGUGGCCAAGCACAUUGACUUUCUCAUACACUGACUGUUACUUUAACUGUUAGUCUUAAAUAGUUGGGACAUCAGCUGACUUAUAGACCUCAGCCUCAGAAGGCUUGGAAAGGAAAAAUAAAUACAACAAGCAAACAACAAUAUCAACAUCAAGAGAUUGAAAUAAGCUAUGGGUAAAAUAAUGCCAGUAAUUCAGCUGCUACAUCCAAGCACUGAAGUCUUACCCGUCAACUUUUUUUUUUU